AUGUCCGUGGACGACGUCCCUCCGCCCCCGGGCUCACAACAACAACAACCUGCGCCGGAUUCGCGCGCGCAGUCAGCCCACGGCAGCGGACGAACAUUUGUCGACACCCCCAGCGAGCCCAACCUCUACCGUGCCCCUGACGGACGCGGCGAUCGCGACAUGGAGAUAGGCACCGCCACGCCGAACGGCACGUGGGACCCCGCCGUUGAGAAAGAGCAUGAAGGCACGGCGCCGGACACAGAGAGCGAGACGGAGCGGCGGCACAGCAUGGUGCAGAACCUCGCGAGGCAAUACUCCAGAGCGUCCGUCGCCGCCGCCGUCGCCGGCGCGGACCCCGCCUCGCUCUUCACCGACACGGACCCCAACUCGCCGCUCAACCCCUCGAGCGAGCACUUCAACGCGCACGCCUGGGCGCGCACCAUCGCCAAGCUGGCGACGGAGAACGGGCACGGGUUCCGCCGCAGCGGCGUGUCGUUUAGCAACCUCAACGUGUACGGUUUCGGCACCGAGACGGACUACCAAAAGGACGUGGGCAACGUGUUCCUGCAGAUCCCCGACCUCGUCCGCCGGGUCACGUCGCCUCGCGGGUCGUCGCACCAGCGCCGCAUCGAUAUCCUCAGGGGCCUCGACGGCGUCGUCAAGUCGGGCGAGAUGCUCGUCGUGCUGGGCCCCCCAGGCUCAGGGUGCUCGACCUUCCUCAAGGCCAUCUCGGGCGAGACCAACGGGAUAUACAUUGACGGCGACGCGCGCUUCAACUACCAGGGCAUAUCCGCCGAGGAGAUGCACACGCAGCACCGCGGCGAGGCCAUCUACACCGCCGAAGUGGACAUUCACUUCCCGCAGCUCUCCGUCGGGGACACGCUCACCUUCGCGGCGAGGGCCCGCGCCGCGAGGGAAGUGCCCCCGGGGACGACGCACGACCAGCUGUCGGAGCACUUCCGCGACGUCGUCAUGGCCAUGUACGGCAUCAGCCACACCAUCAACACGCGCGUCGGCAACGAAUACGUCCGCGGCGUGUCGGGCGGCGAGCGCAAGCGCGUCACCAUCGCCGAGGCGACCCUCUCCAACGCGCCGCUGCAGUGCUGGGAUAACUCGACCCGCGGGCUCGACUCGGCCAACGCCAUCGAGUUUUGCAAGACUCUACGCCUACAGGCCGACGUGUUCGGCCGCACGAGUGCCGUCUCCAUCUAUCAAGCGCCGCAGAGCGCGUACGACCUCUUUGACAAGGUCCUGCUCCUAUACGAGGGACGGCAGAUCUUCUACGGCCGCACGGAUAGGGCUAAGGCGUACUUUGUCGAGCUGGGCUUCGAGUGUCCCGCGCGCCAGACGACGCCGGAUUUCCUCACGUCGAUGACGGCGCCGUCGGAGCGCGUCGUGCGGCCGGGGUGGGAGAACCGCGUGCCCCGGACGCCGGAUGAGUUUGCGACGUGCUGGCGCAACAGUGGCGACCUGGCGGCCCUGCAGGGCGAAAUCGAAGGGUAUAACACGGAGCACCCCAUCGGGGGCGCAGACGCCGAGGCCUUUCGCGAGCACAAGCAUUCGACGCAGGCCAAGGGCCAGCGCGUCAAGUCCCCCUUUACGCUAUCCUACGCCCAGCAGGUCAAGCUCUGUCUGUGGCGCGGGUUCCGCCGCUUGUUUGGAGACCCAAGCCUGACGAUCUUCUCGCUGCUGGCCAACUCGUCCACGGCGCUCAUCAUAUCGUCGCUCUUCUACAAUAUGCAGCCCUCGACCGGCAGCUUCUACGGCCGGGCGGCCAUCUUAUUCGUCGCCAUCCUCGCCAACGCCUUUUCCAGUGCGCUUGAGAUUCUCACGCAGUACGCGCAGCGGCCCAUUGUUGAGAAACACGAGCGCUACGGGUUCCAUCAUCCCUCUGCCGAGGCCUUUUCCUCUGUCCUCGUCGACAUGCCGUAUAAGAUCCUAAACAGCAUCUUUUACAAUCUCAUCAUCUACUUCAUGACGAACCUCAACCGCGAACCGGGCAACUUUUUCUUCUUUCUCUUUGUCUCCUUUCUCAUGGUGCUGGCCAUGUCGGGCAUCUUCCGCAGCAUCGCGGCACUGUCUCGAACGCUCUCGCAAGCCAUGGUCCCCGCCUCGAUCCUCAUCCUUGCCAUGGUCAUCUUCACCGGCUUCGUCAUCCCCGUCGACUACAUGCUCGGGUGGUGCAGGUGGAUAAACUACCUCGACCCCGUCGCGUACGGGUUCGAGGCGCUCAUGAUCAACGAGUUCAGCGGGCGGCAGUUCUCCUGCGACUCCUACGUCCCCAGCCCCGACGCCAGCGGCUACCAGGGCGUGUCGUCGACGAACCGCGCCUGCACCGCGGUCGGGUCCGUCCCGGGACAGAGCUUCGUCAGCGGCGACAACUACAUCGGCACGCAGUACAAGUACUACCACAGCCACAAGUGGCGCAACGUGGGCAUCCUGAUUGCCUUUGUCGUGUUCAACCACUUGGUCUACUUCGCCGCCACGGAGCUCAUCUCGGCCAAAAAGUCAAAGGGCGAGGUCCUCGUCUUCAGGCGCGGACAGCUGCCUGCCGCAGCAAAGGCAGCCAAGAACGAUGCCGAGUCGUCGCUAUCGGGCCCCGCGGCCAUUGCGGAAAAGACGGGCGACGCCUCCGACGGCAGCGGUGCGAUCCAGGGCUCCAAGAGCGUCUUCCACUGGAGCAAGGUGUGCUACGACAUUAAGAUCAAGGGCGAGCCUCGACGCAUCCUCGACAACGUGGACGGCUGGGUCAAGCCGGGCACGCUCACGGCGCUGAUGGGCGUUUCCGGCGCGGGCAAGACCACGCUGCUCGACUGCCUGGCCGACCGGAUUUCCAUGGGCGUCAUCACGGGCGAGAUGCUCGUCGACGGCAAGAUCCGCGACAGCUCGUUCCAGAGGAAAACCGGCUACGUACAGCAGCAAGACCUGCAUCUCGAGACCACGACGGUGCGAGAGGCGCUCGAGUUUAGUGCUCUGCUGCGGCAACCGGAAAGCACGCCCAGGGCCGAGAAGCUGGCGUAUGUGGAUGAAGUCAUUAAGCUUCUAGACAUGCAAGAGUAUGCAGACGCCGUUGUCGGGAUCCUGGGCGAGGGGCUCAACGUGGAGCAACGGAAGCGCCUAACGAUUGGGGUCGAGUUGGCGGCGAAGCCACCGCUUUUGCUCUUUGUCGACGAGCCAACCUCUGGCCUGGAUUCGCAGACGUCGUGGGCGAUCCUAGACUUGCUCGAGAAGCUCUCCAAGGCCGGCCAGUCGAUCCUCUGCACCAUCCAUCAGCCCUCGGCGAUGCUGUUUCAGCGUUUUGACCGUCUGCUCUUCCUGGCCAAGGGUGGAAAGACGGUGUAUUUCGGAGAAAUCGGCGAUAAUUCAUCGACUCUUACGUCCUAUUUCGAAAGGAACGGUGCCCCUCGCUGCGCGCCGGGUGAAAAUCCAGCAGAGUGGAUGUUGCAGGCCAUCGGCGCGGCGCCAGGUUCGUCGACGGAAGUGGACUGGCACCAGGCAUGGCUGAACAGCCCAGAAUGCCAGGACGUUCAGGCCGAGCUGCAACGUCUCAAGAGCGGCGAGACCUCCGAGGCUCGCGGUGGGCACGCCGACGUGAACACGGACGACAAGAGCGCGUACCGCGAGUUUGCGGCGCCGCUGUGGAAGCAGCUGCUGGUCGUCUCGCGGCGCGUGUUCCAGCAGUAUUGGCGUACGCCGUCAUACAUUUACUCCAAGUUCAUUCUCUGCUCGGCAGUCUCUCUCUUCAUCGGGCUGGUUUUCCUCAACGCGCCGCUGUCGAUCCAGGGAAUGCAGAACCAGAUGUUCGCCAUCUUCAACAUCCUCAGCAUCUUUGGGCAGCUGGUGCAGCAGCAGAUGCCGCACUUUGUAACGCAACGAGCGCUGUACGAGGUGCGGGAGCGGCCGAGCAAGGCGUAUAGCUGGAAGGUGUUUAUGCUAUCGCAGGUCAUCGUCGAGAUGACGUGGAACACGCUCAUGUCGGUCGUCAUGUUUGUGUGCGUCUACUACCCCGUAGGAUUCGACAAGAACGCGGCGGUGACGGGGGCGACGACGGAGCGCGGCGGGCUCAUGUGGCUGCUGUUCUGGCAGUUCCUCAUCUUCACGUGCACCUUCGCGCACGCCUGCAUCGCCAUCACGGACACGGCCGAGGCGGGCGGCAACCUGGCCAACGUGCUCUUCAUGAUGUGCCUGCUGUUCUGCGGCGUGCUGGCGUCGCCCGAGACGAUGCCGGGCUUCUGGAUCUUCAUGUACCGGGCGAACCCCUUUACGUACUGGAUCUCGGCGGUGCUGUCGACGGGGCUGGCCAACACGCGCGUCACCUGCACGGCCAACGAGCUGGUGCGCGUGACGCCGCCGGCCGGCCAGACGUGCGGCGAGUUCCUCUCGUCGUUUGUCGCGCAAAAGGGCGGCUACCUGGCCGACGCCAACGCGACGUCGCAGUGCGAGUACUGCUCCAUCGCCGACACCAACGUGUUCCUCAAGGGCAUCAGCUCCAACUUCGACCACCGCUGGCGCGACUUUGGUAUCGGCAUGGUGUUUAUCGUCUUCAACAUUGCCGCGUCGCUGUUCCUGUACUGGCUGGUGCGCAUGCCCAAGGGGAAGAGGAACAAGACGAAGCAGGCGUGA